UGAGCUUUAAAUUUGGCGAUGUUGGAGCGAGCCGGGCCUUUUCUUCCUUGACAUCCCCCGCAUAUCCACCACCCGCACGCUGGGCCCCAUUUGUUCCAGUUGCAAUCCGGAUCUUCAUUGACGCGUGAGGAUAUUUAUUGCGGGCUCUUCUCUUUCUUUUUCCAAUCCUCUUCAUACCAUAUAUCCUACCUCGGCUGAUCGGCUCGCGGUGACAUCAUGCCCGGAAGCUCCAGAAUGCCUGUCAGUCUGCGCGGCGGCAUUGACAGCGUCAAGCGUGCCAAGCCUGGCUUUUCUCUCGGAAUGAUCAAUAUCGACUUAAUCCGAAAUGUCGUCUUCGUCUACUUUGUCAUCCGAUGGACACGCCGUGCCUACUGGCAAUUAAAGGGCCGCGGACCUAUCGGAACCAUUCUCGAAGCAUACCGCAACAUUCGUCGAAUCCUCUACGGCUACUUCCUCCGUGCACCUGGUGUCCGAAACAAGGUCAACGCCCAGCUCAAGGAGGCUAUUGACAAGAUGUCGGCCAAGCUGGCCCCUCCUACGCAAACAAGAUAUCUCACACUGCCAAAGGAUGGUAUUGCUGAGGAAACAGUCCGCGCUGAGCUCACAACUCUUGCCAACAUGGACCACACACGUUGGGAGGACGGCUUCGUCUCUGGCGCUGUGUACCACGGCGGCGACGACCUGCUCAAGCUCCAGACAGAUGCGUUUGGCAUGUUCACUGUAGCCAACCCUAUUCACCCCGAUGUCUUCCCUGGUGUGCGCAAGAUGGAGGCUGAAGUGGUCAGCAUGGUGCUCAACCUGUUCCAUGCGCCCCAAGGUUCGGCCGGUGUUUCCACCAGCGGCGGCACCGAAAGUAUCCUCAUGGCCUGUCUUGCUGCUCGCCAAAAGGCCUACGUCGAGCGCGGCGUGACCGAGCCUGAAAUGAUUCUGCCCAUGACGGCUCACACAGCUUUCCGCAAGGCCGGCGACUACUUCAAGAUCAAGAUUCACUUUGUCGACUGCCCUGCCCCCACAUACCAGGUUGAUCUCAAGACUGUAUCUCGCCUAAUCAACAGCAACACCGUCCUUCUCGUAGGCUCUGCGCCCAACUUCCCCCACGGCAUCAUCGACGACAUUUCCGGCCUGUCCAAGCUUGCUCUCCGGAACAAGCUGUGCCUGCACGUCGACUGCUGUCUUGGCUCCUUCGUCAUUGCCUGCCUCGAAAAGGCCGGCUUUGAAUCCGAGCCAUUCGACUUCCGUCUCAAGGGCGUCACCAGCAUCAGCUGCGACACCCACAAGUAUGGCUUCGCACCAAAGGGUAACUCUACUGUUCUCUACCGCACCUCGCAGCUGCGCACCUACCAAUACUACGUCUGCCCCGACUGGGCCGGUGGCGUCUAUGCCUCGCCCGGCCUGGCUGGAUCCCGCCCUGGUGCUCUCAUCGCCGGCUGCUGGGCCAGUAUGAUGUCGAUUGGCGAGUCCGGCUACGUCGACGCCUGCGGCAAGCUUGUCGGUACCACCAAGAAGAUUGCCGAUUCGAUCCGCGACUCACCCACUCUGCAAGGCGAGCUUGAGAUUCUCGGCAAGCCCCUUGUGUCAGUAGUCGCCUUUACUUCCAAGACACUUAACAUCUACGAGAUUGCCGAUGGCAUGUCCGCCAAGGGAUGGCACCUUAACGCCCUGCAAGAUCCUCCGGCCAUUCAUGUGGCUGUCACGCUGCCCAUCACCACCGUCUGGUCGCGUCUGAUUACCGACCUCGAGGCCGUUGUUGAGGAUGAGAGAGAAAAGGAGCGUGUCCGCAUGGUAGAGGGUAAGGCGACCAAGGGUAAGGCAAUGGGUGACUCUGCGGCUCUUUACGGUGUCGCUGGCUCUCUGCCAAACAAGAGUGUCGUUGUUGGCUUGGCCACUGGCUUCCUUGACAUCCUGUACAAGGCGUAAAGCAAAAGCUACUGAACCUGUGAGCGAUCCUCCUAUUUAUAAGAGUGUACAAAAAUUAAAAUAGCAAUAAAUGAUGAGGACUUUUGUUUUGCAAGUGU